CAAAAAUAUCAAACUCUUUCAUUACAUUUUUUUCUUAUAUAACAAAUUAUCUUCUUUUUUCUUAUUAACUACUACAUUUGAAGCCGGAAAACUUAGUAACACAAUGGCCGGUGGAGGAUUUUCGACCUCCGGUAAUGGAGGCACACAUUUCGAGGCUAAAAUCACACCAAUUGUUAUCAUUUCUUGUAUUAUGGCUGCUACUGGAGGACUCAUGUUUGGUUAUGAUAUUGGAGUUUCUGGUGGUGUUACAUCAAUGGAUCCAUUUUUACAAAAAUUCUUCCCAACGGUUUACAAGAGAACAAAGGAAAAAGGUUUAGACAGUAAUUACUGCAAAUACGAUAAUCAAGGCCUACAAUUAUUUACUUCAUCUUUAUAUCUAGCCGGUUUAACGGCCACGUUUUUCGCUUCUUACACGACAAGAAAACUUGGUCGGAGAUUAACUAUGUUAAUCGCCGGUUGUUUUUUCAUCGUCGGAGUUAUACUAAAUGCUGCUGCUCAAGAUUUAGCUAUGCUUAUUAUUGGAAGAAUUCUCCUUGGUUGUGGCGUUGGUUUCGGCAAUCAGGCAGUUCCACUAUUUUUAUCAGAAAUAGCACCAACAAGAAUUCGUGGAGGACUUAACAUUUUGUUCCAACUUAACGUAACUAUUGGUAUUCUUUUUGCCAACCUCGUUAACUACGGAACAGCCAAAAUUAGUGGAGGAUGGGGUUGGAGAUUGUCAUUAGGGUUAGCAGGAUUUCCAGCAGUCUUGUUGACUUUGGGUGCAUUAUUUGUAGUAGAAACCCCAAACAGUUUGAUUGAAAGAGGUUAUUUAGAAGAAGGCAAAGAAGUACUUCGAAAAAUCCGAGGUACCGACAACAUUGAACCUGAAUUCUUGGAACUUGUUGAGGCAAGUCGUGUUGCUAAAGAAGUCAAACACCCUUUCAGAAAUUUACUCCAACGUAAAAAUAGACCUCAAUUGAUCAUCUCUGUUGCCCUCCAGAUAUUCCAACAAUUCACAGGAAUCAACGCCAUUAUGUUCUACGCGCCCGUUUUAUUUUCAACACUAGGGUUCGGAAACAGCGCAGCUCUUUACUCAGCCGUCAUCACCGGAGCCGUCAACGUUCUCUCCACCGUAGUCUCGGUCUACUCCGUUGACAAGCUCGGACGACGAAUCCUCCUCCUAGAAGCCGGGGUCCAAAUGUUACUAUCUCAAAUAAUAAUCGCUAUAAUCCUCGGUAUCAAAGUUACGGACACUUCAAACAACCUUAGCCACGGUUGGGGAAUCUUCGUAAUAGUUAUGAUCUGCACAUAUGUAUCGGCUUUCGCGUGGUCGUGGGGCCCACUAGGAUGGUUAAUUCCUAGCGAAACGUUCCCUUUGGAAACUCGUUCAGCCGGUCAAAGUGUUACAGUGUGUGUUAACUUGCUCUUCACGUUUGUUAUGGCACAAGCAUUUCUCUCAAUGCUUUGUCAUUUCAAGUAUGGGAUAUUCUUGUUCUUUUCGGGGUGGAUUUUCGUUAUGUCGUUCUUCGUUUUCUUCUUGUUGCCUGAGACGAAGAAUGUUCCCAUUGAGGAGAUGACGGAGAGGGUGUGGAAGCAACAUUGGUUGUGGAAGAGGUUUAUGGUUGAUGAAGAUGAUGUUGAUAUUGUUAAAAAGAAUGGACAUGCUAACGGAUAUGAUCCCACUUCUCGGUUGUAAAAAUAAAAAUAAAAUGUUAGUGUGGUUUUACGUUAAUUUUAUCAUAGUAAAGAUGCGUAGAAAUAAGUCAAACAUGCAAGAGAUCAGAGUUUACUGUCUAGUGAUAUCGAUAAGAGUUGCUCACAAAAUAGGUGUGAAUUUGGAUUUUUUUACUGCUUGUUUUCUCCAUUUAUAUCCUCCAAUGUAGUAGAGAUUGUUUAGUCAAAGUGUAAGAGAUACAAUAUGGUGAAAAUUAAUUGAACCAUAUAGCCUAUGUAUAUUAGAAAUAAUUGGUAUAAUUCAUUUUGGGAAAGCACUUUGAUA